GCCGACGUCAGUUUGAGAAGCGUGCGCUGGCAGCGUCUUGCAGGAUCCUCUCUCACUUCUGCUUCCUAAAGUCAGACGCUGAUACAGUCCGAUAUUGAGUAAAACGGAUUGCUACUUAAGUUUGCAGACUUCCUUUUUAGUAGAUCCUGAGUGUACAGUAGCUUGUCAUUCCUUUUUGAUUUUUAACCUGUUAGUUUUGAUUGUUUUAUUAACUUAAUCUGUAGAAUAGCGGAUCAUUAUCAAGAUCUGUGGCCCUGAGCAACUACAUGAUUGGAGUUUUUGUUGUUUUAAGUGUUGAUUGAUUUUUUUCAUUUUUUAUUUUGGUAACGUUUUGAAGACCCUCCCCAGAGUCUGAGAACAAUGCAGGACUUCUGGGGAGAUGUUGCGCACAUGAGGACCACCAUAGGAGCUACAGCUUCUUCGGGCAAUGAUGAUGAAGCUGUUGUUGACCAGGGGAAAACCAGCUCUAACAUUCACACAAACUUUGAAAAAGAGGAACUUGAAAGUCACAGAGCAGUUUAUGUUGGCGUACAUGUACCUUUAGGAAGACAAAGCAGACGGAGACACCGACACCGUGGUCAUAAGCACCAUCGGAAAAGGAAAGACAGAGGGUCUGAGCGAGAGGACGGCAGAGAAUCGCCAACGUAUGACACUCCUUCACAGAGGGUCCAGUUUAUCCUUGGCACAGAGGAUGAUGAUGAGGAGCACAUUCCUCAUGACCUCUUCACUGAGCUCGACGAGCUGUGCUUCCGCGACGGGCUCACUUGUGAGUGGAAAGAGACAGCCAGGUGGCUAAAGUUUGAGGAGGAUGUAGAGGAUGGAGGAGAGCGCUGGAGUAAGCCUUACGUCGCCACGCUUUCUUUGCACAGCCUGUUUGAGUUGCGCAGCUGCAUUCUCAAUGGCACAGUCAUGCUGGACAUGAGAGCAAACAGCAUUGAGGAGAUAGCAGACAUGGUAUUAGACAACAUGGUGGCAUCAGAGCAGCUGGACGAGGGUUUAAGAGAGAAGGUACGGGACGCGGUGCUGAAAAGACAUCAUCACCAGAACGAGAAGAAGCUCAGCAAUCGCAUCCCGCUCGUGCGCUCCUUCGCCGAUAUAGGCAAGAAACAUUCAGACCCGCACUUGCUUGAGAGGAAUGGGGAGGGUCUCUCUACCUCCCGUCUGUCCCUCCUCAGACGUACCUCCUCCACCUCCACCCCUCCCGGUUCACGCCGUCCCUCCAGAGAGUCCCGCUACUCCCGUUCCUCCAUCAUCCUCAACCAGCUUCUGUCCAGCGCCAACUCCACCCCCUCCGCCACCCCUCAAAACUCGCCCCCCACCGCCCACCGCGCUUCGCCAUCCCUCCACUCCCCAGGACCCUCUCAGCAGGGCCCCGAGCUGCUGGUGGCGAGGGGAGACCGGGACGACAUUCCAGAGGUCGUGGUGUUCCCACCGGAGGAGGAUGAGGAGGAACCGCUGGCACCCUUUUACGCCAUUCAGGAUGAGAAGGUGGUUCAUGACCCGACCAGGCUCUUGCCCCUUCCGCAGUCAGGUCUUCUUGCAUCGCCCCAGUCGGCUCCGGGGAGCCUGGAGAACAGUAAGCCCAGUGAAAGCCGGAUAAAUGGCACCGGUGGCAGCAGGGAAAACAGCACAGUGGACUUCAGCAGAGACAGCCAGUCCCCUUUUCACUGUAGUUGCGGCUCUCUGGGAGUGGGCAGCAAAAGGCCUGCUGUGGACAUGAAUUUUAUGAAGAAAAUCCCACCUGGUGCUGAAGCUUCAAAUGUUUUGGUGGGGGAGGUUGAUUUCCUUGAGCGUCCAAUCAUUGCCUUUAUCCGACUUUCGCCUGCUAUUCUUCUCACCGGACUGACCGAAGUGCCCGUCCCGACAAGGUUUCUCUUCCUGCUGUUAGGGCCUUUCGGUAAAGGAGCCCAGUACCAUGAGAUUGGCAGAUCUAUAGCUACGUUGAUGACAGAUGAGAUCUUUCAUGAUGUAGCAUACAAAGCCAAAGACAGGAAUGACCUUCUGUCCGGCAUUGAUGAGUUCUUGGACCAGGUGACCGUUCUGCCUCCAGGAGAAUGGGACCCCACGAUACGAAUCGAGCCUCCAAAGAGUGUCCCGUCUCAGGAGAAGAGGAAGAUGCCAUCUAUGCCGAAUGGCUCUACUCCACAAUCAGAUGUGAUCAAACAAGAAGCACACCAUGCUGGACCUGAACUGCAGAGGACGGGACGGAUAUUUGGGGGUCUGGUACUAGACUUGAAGCGGAAAGCUCCAUUUUACUGGAGCGAUGUUCGGGAUGCUCUAAGCCUGCAGUGUUUGGCCUCCAUCCUUUUCCUCUAUUGUGCCUGUAUGUCCCCCGUCAUUACCUUCGGAGGCCUUCUGGGGGAAGCCACCAAAAACAACAUAAGUGCCAUUGAGUCUCUGUUUGGAGCUUCACUCACCGGUGUGGCCUUCUCUCUGUUUGCUGGUCAGCCUCUCACUAUCCUUGGCAGCACCGGGCCAGUUCUGGUUUUUGAGAAGAUUCUUUUUAAGUUCUGCAGUGACUACGGUUUGUCCUACCUCCCUCUGCGCACCAGCAUUGGCCUGUGGACGGCUUUCUUGUGCCUUCUUCUGGUUGCCACAGAUGCCAGCUCUCUGGUGUGCUACAUAACCAGAUUCACAGAGGAGGCCUUCGCUGCUCUCAUCUGCAUCAUCUUCAUCUACGAGGCCUUGGAGAAGCUCUUCCAGCUGGGGAAAAUGUACCCUUUCAACAUGCAUGACGAUUUGAACAACCUCACAUUUUACACAUGUCAGUGUUCGCCUCCAUCCAAUACCACACAGAAGAUGGAGCAGUCAUGGAACCAGUCAGGGUUUACUUAUGACACCAUUAAUUGGACUGAGCUUAAUGUGCAAGAUUGCAGGGAUUUUCAUGGCGAGUUUGUGGGUCCUGCCUGUGGACAGAAUGGCCCGUACAUCCCUGAUGUGUUGUUCUGGUCUGUCAUUCUCUUCUUCACCACUUUCUUCCUCUCGUCCUUCCUCAAGCAGUUCAAGACCAAGCGCUAUUUUCCCACUAAGGUCCGCUCUUCCAUCAGUGACUUUGCAGUUUUUCUAACCAUCAUGAUCAUGGUCUUGGUGGAUUAUCUAGUGGGCAUCCCCUCUCCUAAACUGCACGUCCCAGACAGAUUUGAGCCCACGUCUAAGAAUCGGGGUUGGCUGAUAUCUCCUUUGGGUGAUAAUCCCACAUGGACACUGUUUGCAGCCGCUAUUCCUGCUCUGCUGUGUACCAUCCUCAUCUUCAUGGACCAGCAGAUCACCGCUGUCAUCAUCAACCGCAAAGAACACAAGCUCAAGAAAGGCUGCGGGUAUCACCUUGAUCUUUUGGUGGUGGCUGUGAUGCUCGGCGUGUGCUCCAUCAUGGGUUUGCCCUGGUUUGUCGCUGCCACCGUCCUCUCCAUCUCUCACGUCAACAGUCUGAAGGUGGAGUCGGAGUGUUCGGCUCCGGGAGAACAGCCCAAGUUCCUCGGCAUCCGUGAGCAGAGGGUCACCGGCCUCAUGAUCUUUGUGCUUAUGGGACUUUCUGUCUUUAUGACAUCGAUACUCAAGUUUAUACCAAUGCCUGUGUUAUAUGGAGUGUUCCUCUACAUGGGUGUCUCAUCACUGAGAGGCAUACAGUUCUUUGACCGUAUUAAGCUGUUUGGGAUGCCAGCAAAGCACCAGCCUGACUUGAUCUACCUGAGAUACGUGCCACUGUGGAAGGUUCACAUAUUCACAUUAGUUCAGCUCACCUGCCUGGUGCUUCUGUGGGUCAUCAAAGUGUCUGCUGCCGCUGUCGUCUUUCCUAUGAUGGUUCUUGCUCUGGUUUUCAUUCGGAAGCUUCUAGAUUUCUGCUUUACUAAGAGAGAGCUCAGCUGGUUGGAUGACCUGAUGCCAGAAAGCAAGAAGAAAAAGGAGGAUGACAAAAAGAAAAAAGCUAAAGAGGAAGCACAGCGCAUGAUGGAGGCAGAAGAAGAAAUAGAAAUCCCCUUUGACGGUGGUGACCAGCUGGAAAUUCCUGAAAAAUCCCUUAAAAUCAGCACUGACCCGUCUGUGGUUAACAUUUCUGAUGAGAUGGCCAAAAUCGCUGCGUGGAAAGCUGUUGCCACCAGCUCUGACUCUGCCACACUAUUGAAAGCUAGUGCCAGUGAGGAGAAGACGGCCUGCAUUAAGAUCCGUGUGGAAGAUGAAGAUGAGGAUGAGGAGGACAAGCGUGUGGAUACAGAGACAUCUUUAUGAGAUUCACUGUGGUCCCUUCCCAGAAUCCUCUAGUCUGAGCUCUGCUGCUGCUCACCUGUGAGUCAAGCCAAAGGUAGAGAAGCCGACAUAUGACUUCCAGGUGUAUUUAUCCCAGUUUCUCUUUUAAACCACAACCAACAAGCUCGUUUUAUUUUCUACAAGUUAGUUUUUAAUAUUCAAAAAAGCACCAUUUGAGAGGUAAAGGGUGCUGUGAGCAACCCAGACUGUUAGGUUUCACUUUUUUAUUUUCUUAUUUAAUUUUCUCAACAUAUGUAUGAAGACAAAGUCUUUUAGAGUUAGUUUUACACGCAAACACUGUUUAUAACGGUACCGGUUAUCAAAUCGUCACUUUAGAUGUUCUUUUUAGUACAUUUAGACCUGUUGUUUGUUGCAGAGUGCUGAUUUUUUUUAAAUACGUAAAUGCACAUAUUAGAAAAACGUCAAAUGUUAUGACGAGAGAAAAAAAGUGUAUAAAGCACACUUUAAAAUGUCACGUGUUAAAAAGAAGAUAUAAUUAAUGUACUUUAACUGUAAAAUAAUCAUAUUAAAUUGAUGGUCUAAAAGAUUAUUGAUGAUUUAUGUAAUUAUAAUAUAUGAGAUCAGAAUAAGAACGAAUGGAAGUCUGUUAAAUCAAUUCCUGCAAAUAAAUUGAGGUCAGAAAUAUUCAAGCUUGCUGUAAAUUGUCUAAAAUGGGAUAGUUCACUCAGAAACUCAAUCUGCUGUUCAUUUACUUUCCUUCAAGCAGUCUAAGAUACAGAUGACUUUCUUUUUCUUCAGUAGAGCUGAUAUUAGAUGAAAUUUGGCGAUUUAUUAAAUGCAUGUCAACAGUUUUAGAGUAAUGCCUUCUAAUAUUUUGAGAUAAAAAAAUAAAAAAAAACAUAGAGACAAAACAAAGUAACGCCUGUUGCUAUUGAUGAUACACUGAUGUCUCAGCCAAUUCGAAUGGUAUCACUCAAUUGAAUGGGCGUUAUUAGCUGAUAGAUAUGGGCCAGUAGAGGCCUUUUGGGUCUACUGGUUUGCUAUGAAGGCUGUUAUCAUCCAUCCACAUGGUUAAUCCGCUAUAGAUCACAUACAGCUGCAGCCGAGAAUUAUUUAUAUUAUUUAUUAAGUUUCCCAUUAAUAGUAUUUUAAUAACGUCUACCUCUACUCCAACCCUAAACCCAACCACCACAGUAAUGUAAAACAGAUCUGACUUCCAAUUAUGACUUAACUCAAAAUAAUGACCUGUUGAA